GCAACCGCAAUCUCUUAUAAGCGAGAAAAUUUUGACAAGUGAGCCCAGAUUCUCUGCAGUCCAUCCGGAGUUUAGGAAGUUCGCCGGAGAAAGUCCUCUCGGGUUCGGGCUCGCUCAGGGCUCGGCUCUCCUUUAGUCUUACUCCUCGCUGUCCAUUCAGCAGAAAAACACCCCAAGAUGGGUGACUGGAGUGCUUUAGGUCGUCUUCUAGACAAGGUGCAGGCAUACUCGACAGCCGGAGGCAAGGUCUGGCUCUCCGUUCUCUUCAUCUUCCGCAUUUUGGUGUUGGGCACAGCCGUGGAGUCGGCAUGGGGUGACGAGCAAUCUGCGUUCAAGUGUAACACUCAGCAGCCAGGUUGUGAGAAUGUUUGCUACGACAAGUCUUUCCCCAUUUCGCAUGUCCGCUUCUGGGUGCUGCAGAUCAUCUUUGUGUCGACACCAACGCUCCUAUACCUGGCACACGUCUUCUACCUGAUGCGCAAAGAGCAGAAGCUGAAUCGGCAGGAGGAGGAGCUGCGCGCUGUGCAGAACGAUGGAGCUGACGUGGACGGGCCACUCAAGCGCAUCGAGCUCAAGAAGUUCAAGCAUGGUCUGGAGGAGCACGGCAAGGUGAAGAUGAAGGGUGCCCUGCUGCGCACCUAUGUAGUCAGCAUCCUUUUUAAGUCUCUUUUCGAAAUUGGUUUCUUGGUCAUCCAGUGGUACAUCUAUGGCUUCAGUUUGUCGGCUGUGUACACCUGCGAGCGCUCUCCAUGCCCCCAUCGAGUCGAUUGUUUCCUCUCGCGUCCCACCGAGAAGACGGUGUUCAUUAUCUUCAUGCUGGUGGUGUCGCUGGUCUCCCUAGUGCUCAAUGGUGCUGAGCUGUUUUAUGUUUUUUUCAAGCGUAUCAAGGACCGUGUUAAGGGAAGACAGGGUCAGUUUCAGUCUAACACCUUAACCCACCCUCCCAAGGACAUGCCAGGCACCAAGUAUGCUUACUACAAUGGAUGCUCAUCACCCACAGCACCACUGUCACCCAUGUCACCGCCGGGCUACAAGCUAGCCACAGGAGAGAGGACCAACUCUUGUCGCAACUACAACAAGCAGGCGAGUGAACAAAACUGGGCAAACUACAGUACCGAGCGUCAGCGAUUGGGCCACAACGGCAGUACCAUCUCUAACUCGCACGCGCACGCCUUUGAUUUCCCUGAUGAAGGUCACGAGCACAAGAGGGCACCGGUGGGUGGUGAGAUGCAGCCAUUGGCGCUUACCGAGCCAAGACCGGCAAGUCGUGCAAGCAGCCGCGUAAGCAGCCGAGCCAGGCCUGACGACCUGGAUGUCUAAAAGCUGCACCAGCCCAUGCCAUGCUUGCGUUGUGCCAGUCUGUUAAAGAAAUGGACAAAAGGUGAAGAGACAGAAAUAACAAUUUUGUCUUGUGCACCUGGGUGAAGGACACUUGCCAGUGUCCUGUCCUCACUUUAGACUCUAGAUGCAGAGACGUAAAAUUACUCACACUGCUGGAGGUACUAUGUGUUAAUUAACGUCUAUGUUGAAGACUAGCGGCGCUAACAUGCCUUUAACAGUUAAAUGGUGACAGGGGUGAGACGCCAUUGUGCAUAUUCGGUUCACUUCCUGUAAACCCCCCCCCCUCCCCGUCAAUUUUCCCCAGAUGAAUAUACCUAGGUCAUGUCAUUGAUUGUUUUAUAUUUUUACACUGCAGGCAAGUUUCAUUUAAAAAUUUCCUGAAAUUAAAAGUGUGGCAAGUGUUCCUCUUUCCAACAUUCCCUUCAUGUUCCUCAUCUCUAAGACCUCGACACUGUCUAGUCAAACAGGGUUGUGUGUAAGUUCCUAGUGCUGAAGUUCAUGAAUUAAUAUUUAUUUAUUCAUAAAGAGUACAGGGGACAUCCACCACUCAAUGACUGACUACUACUCAAGGUCGUAUCCAUCUAACUAAUACUUCACAAAAAAAAAGUAAGAGCAAUAACCAAUCACUAAAACCAACUGCAUAUUUAUUGACAAGAAUUCAAAUUUUGGCAAUACAUUUAUUAACAAAAGGUUGCUUUUAUUAAUCGUAGUGGACUGACGUUUUUUCCUGAUAAACUUUGAAUAUAUGUGGUGUUAGUUUUGAUUAAUUUGUGUUUGUUAUAUUAAUGUGGGGCAGAAGAUGUGGGUCUUUUCUUUUUGCAUUUUUAUUUUUCACUGUUUUUCUUUUCUUUCUAAAAAACAACUUUUGCGACAAAAAGGCUUUACAUGAUUUCCCUUUUUUUAAAGAAAAAAAAACAUUUGCCACUUUUCCUUAUUUGUCUUGUUAAACAGAAAAGGAAAGUUGUUUGUGUUCUACCCAUGUAGUGAGUGGUUUUUGUUUUACAUCAGUGUACUCGUGCUGCUUGAGAGAUAGAGUUUUAGUACUGUAAAUCAAGCUAACUGUCACAAAUGUGAGUUUUUUAAAGACUGCUUGUUAGAGCUGGACUAAUAUUUAGUCAUUUAAAUAAAAUAAAAAAUAAGAGAUUUAUGCCAAUGUAGCUCCACACUUACCAAACGCUAGUAGAUUAAAUUGAAUUUUGGACCUUUUUAAGGUUUGUAUUUGCAAACUGAAACUACAUCACACCAUAUCGGUACUCAAAGCAUGGAGAUUUCUAAUUUUCUUUCAGCUACAACGGUGUUUGCACUGAGACUUUAGCAAGGAUGUUGUAUGAUGCAGAAGUGGCAACAUGUUCUCUCUGUUAUGCAUGUAAUUAAUUUAUUUGACCACGCACACCAGGCCAACAAUUACAAUAUUAAAACAGAUUUUGUGUGAAACCCUUUGUUAUGCAUUUGGACCUUGAAGGCCCAAAGCAAGAUAUUUCAUAUUCACUGAAUAAUAAGGCAAAUACAGUUUUAUGUCUGUUUGAUAAAGAGCGUUAAGAAAAUGUCUUUCCUUGAGAAUCCACUGUUGUACAGUGUGCAAAUGCAUGAUAGCAAAAAAAGUAAUUAAUCAAAUCUGUGAAAAAAUGGCUAUUUUAACCAAUAAAGAUUUUUCUUUGUUAUA